AUGAUUGACUGUGUAUUGAUGAAAAUUAAAUUAAAAUUUAUGAUAGAUAUUUCAGGACCAACUGCAGUCAAGGAUAGGAGGUUAAAGUUAUACAGGUUAAAAUAA